CAGGUGAGAAGUCAGGCUUCACAAUUGCCCGGCGCUCAGCUUUGAAUAACACAAAGUCGGUCCAUUCAGAUUCAGUAUAUUCAAAGUGUUUUUUAAAAAUUUAACUUGGAAGAGCAGUCUAAUUAGUGACUUUAUCACUUUCAGCAGUAAAUGGAAUAUCAGAAAGUGUCAGACAUGAACGGCUUGUGCAACGGUAAAAUUGUCACAGAAUUUAACUGCCGCAAUGGCUUCAGCGAACUGUCUAUUGAAACUAAGAAAGCUGCAGUCCAGCGUAAAAAUGAAACAUCCCGUAAAGAAGCAGAGGACGAAUCGCGACUGCCAGCUCUAGAAGCUGCUUAUACUACCAUCCUUCAGGGUUUGGGUGAGGACACCGACCGACAAGGUCUCCUCCGGACGCCACUCCGUGCUGCUAAAGCUAUGCAAUUCCUCACCAAAGGCUACCACGAAACAAUAUACGAUGUACUGAAUGAUGCCAUAUUUGAUGAGGACCAUGAUGAACUGGUGAUUGUGAAAGACAUAGAUGUGUUUUCUCUCUGUGAACAUCAUCUAGUGCCCUUCUUUGGAAAGGUUCACAUAGGAUAUCUGCCAAGCAAAAAGGUAGUUGGCCUGAGCAAACUUGCAAGAAUUGUGGAGAUCUACAGCCGCAGACUCCAAGUUCAAGAGCGUUUGACGAAGCAAAUCGCCAUGGCGAUUUCUGAGGCCCUUCAGCCAGCUGGUGUCGCGGUAGUCAUCGAGGCAGCACAUAUGUGUAUGGUUAUGCGUGGCGUGCAGAAGAUGAACAGUCGCACUGUGACCAGCGCCAUGCUGGGCGUGUUCAGGGAGGACCCAAAAACCCGGGAAGAGUUCCUCGCCCUAACCAAGAGUGCAUAGUGCCGCCCUCCCCCUACUCCCCUGCCCCACCCACCCCAAUGAUAUCCCCAGAACACCAUCUCUACAAAAAAAAAAAAAAACUACUUGCAAUACAGACUACAAACUUUCUCCCUCUCCCUUCUGAGGCUAGCUGGCCUCCAUUACAAAUCUGACCUAACACGUCAAUCAGGGCUCUUAACCUUAUGGUUUAAUUCUCCAUGGUGGCUAAAAAAAACCCCUCUCCAAGUCUGAGUUUGUUGUUACUUCCACCAACUACUUCCAUGUGUGUACUGUAUUCUCUACAGCUGAAACUCAGGGACGGCGACAAAUGUGAAUAUACAGGCCAUGUUGUGUUUUGAUAUUUAAAUCAGAUCUUCAGUAUCUCUGUUUCAUGGCUCAGUCCCGGUGAAAACCACCCUAAACUGUUGUAGCUGAAGAGCAUAUUUGCAGUACUGAGAAAACAGAAGUUGCCGCUAACAACUCAGUAGAAUCCACAUGCAAACAUAACAUUAUAGCUUUUUUUUGGUCUUUUGAAUAGUUUUUAUUCUUUUCCUUUUAGUGUCAGGGUGUUUUAACUUUAAGGUUUAGUUCUCAUUAUGAGUGUCUUAAAAACAGUCCAUCUCAUUUAACCAUUAGUUUCUAUAGGUGAUACAUGGCACUGGUGACAAUAAUCAUGCUGUACUUGUUCUUUUAUGAAGUCUUCUACUGUCUCAUCUGUGUUGCAGGACCGGGACCACAAUAUCACGUUUUGUGCCUUUAGAUUUUUUUCUGCAUUCUAAACAACUAUUAAAACAGAGUUUAAAUGUGAACCAGGAAAUUUUGUAUAUAUUAAAAAUAGCAUUGUUUCUAUUAUGUCACUAUUUUUAAUAUUAUGAAGAUCUGUGAAAAUUGAAGGGAGCACAGAUAUUGUUCUAUUAAUCUUGCGUUUCUGAUUAGUAUUAUAGUAUAAUUCUUUGGUAAUGUCAUCUGAAUGAGAGACAUUUUAAAAAGCAGUUAAUUGAGGUUGUUUGUUGUCACAUUCACAUAUUGUUAGAAGCAAUCAUCAUUUGCAAUAUUCUGAUUUAUUACAUGUUUGGUGUAUGUUUACUUGUGUCUCAAAUUUGUACAAUCUACGUUUUUCUCCUACUAAUUUACUGAACACAGUGAAAAGUUGUGUAUUUUAAUCCUCAAAAUAAAUAAACAAAUGCCAAUAAAUUU